AUGACCACCACUCCACGUUCGCCAUCAUCGCCAACAUCACCGACAUUAGCUUCAGCAACUCCUCCGCCAUGGUUUCCCAUGUUAAAAAAGAGCUACACAAAGAACUUUUUGUAUGCAGAAGAUCCAGUCUUCCUUACAAUGUCCAAUAUUAAACGAUCAGGAGAUGCAUCCAUGCAUUGCUUGCAAUUCUUGUCUUUUCUCGAAGAUGAUCCUCGAUUUCUCGUGUUUCCUUUGGCAAUGAACGAUAACCUUUUGAUGGGUGAUAUCAAAUCAGACCCAAAUGCAAACCUAUGCUGGAUGAUGCCAAAGUCUAAGGAAUACUACAAGUUGGUUGGUAAAUUCUAUAUUGCAUCAGCGCCGAUCCAAGUGACACGCUUCCCACCUCCGAAGAUUCCGGCCAGUGAUCUCCCAGCAGCCGAGUUUUGGGAAUUGGAACGAAGAAAGCAUUGGAAAGCAAUGGAUGACAAGACACGUGCAACUUACACUUGGCCUUCUCGUGGUGAAGCUCCUAAAGCAGAUCGCAUUGCUUUCUCUUGCCAAUCCCUUGAUUGUCUUAUCGAACAAGAAGGAACAACAGCUCGUGGUGGUGGCCUCUUUUCUUUGAGACGCAACAAUACAGCACCUGCAUCAUCCACUUCCUCCCCAUCCACGGAUCAAAAACAAGUCAUCCAUGAUAUUGCUAUGGACAACUUUUGUCUACUAGCUUACAAGAUUUCCGAAGUUGAAUACUAUGAUCACUCCUCUUUUCCUCAACGUCGCACGGUAUAUACCUAUUCCCUCAAGGAUAACAGGUGGAUAUCAAAAGAUGCCAAUCCCUAA